CGCGCUGUAUUCUGGGAAAAGCGUGGCUCUCGGAAACUUGAAGAGCGCGUGCGCGCGCUUGCUCGUUCCUUUCUCCUCUUGUGCCGACUGAAGGCAAGAUGGGUCACCAGCAGCUCUACUGGAGUCACCCGCGGAAGUUCGGCCAGGGCUCGCGCUCUUGCCGCGUCUGCUCCAACCGCCACGGCCUGAUCCGGAAAUAUGGGCUGAACAUGUGCCGUCAGUGCUUCCGUCAGUACGCGAAGGACAUAGGCUUCAUUAAGUUGGACUAAGCAACCUUGAAUGGAUUAUUCAAGACUGUCUACCCAGUGAAACAGAUCAUGCUAGUCUUUGUACAUAAAGAAUAAAAAAGUGAAGACCUUCAA